AUGGAGGCCGCAGUCUUAAACCCUCAAAUGAUGACGGAUGUCAAUUGCAACGGCGGUGCCAUGAACGCGGAGUUAGAGGUGAAAAAACUGCAGGAGCUGGUCAGAAAACUGGAGAGACAAAAUGAACAGCUAAGGACUCGGGCUAAUGCUGUGAGCGGUUGCAGCAGUCCUCACAUAUUGUCUUCUCCCGCUUGCCUUCAUGGAAAUUCUAUCGGUGCUGCAGGCUACUGCCUUCCAAGCCCCGUGCCGACUCUCUCGUGUCAAUCAGUUCUGGAGGAGUAUUGUUCCUUGGAUGGACCCUUUCCGUAUUUCCAGCCUCACACAGCCGCUGAUCAUGCUGAAGAGACGGACGACGAGUCCCGCUGCUCAAUGGAGCCCACUGUUUUGGAUGAGGUUGAAAUUCUAGACCUAGAUAGCAUUUUCCCAUGCGAUGGGGAAUCAGAUGAGACCUGGUUGUAUGUGUCUCCUAAAUCCUGCUUGUGGUCGGAUGGAGGUGUAAGUCCGCUGCAGUGGUCUAGGCAGGUGUUUGAUCAUCCACGACCAGAGGUGGAGGCGGCCAGAAGGUCCCUCUGUCAAAGGUUGGAUUCAGUCCAAAGAUGGAGGGGUGUGUUUUCAAACCCCUCUUCUCCUGCCCUCUCCCACAGCCGUAUAGUUGGAGUCUCCCCUCUCUGCUCCUCUUCUCCCACGUCCAAAUCCUGCUCCACACCCCCUCCUAAUCCUCCUGCUGCAGAGAGACCAGCUUCAUUUAUACCCUCAUCCCUCCAUUCCUCUCUCCUCCCGACCCUACCUGGGAAGGACUGCUCUCCUCUCGCUGAGAGAUCUCCUACUUUCCUCUAUCACCCAGCCAAUCGCAGUCGGAGUCUGAAACGAACCCCUUUCAGCCCUCAGUCGUCUCUUGACAGCGAACUGAGUGCUUCCGAAUUGGAGGACGACUCCAUCGCCUUGGGUUACAAACUCCAGGACCUCACAGAUGUCCAAGUGAUGGCUAGACUCCAAGAGGAGAGUCUCCGUCAGGACUACGCAACCACCUCCACCUCAGCCGUCAACCGACGCAGUGCCAGCUUCUCCUUCCAGUUUGGUCAGCGAGGGAGCGAACCUGACCUGGAGGAGGAGGAAGAGGACGAGGAAGAUUACGGACAGUUACCUCCUCCUCAGCCGCGCCUGACCAGGGCCGGACCGCUGCAGCGCGGGUUAUCCCACUCGCACACCUUCACCAGCAUCAGAGACUGGAGGCGGAGUACCUCCACCCCCUCCACACCCUCUGCCCCCCAGUACCCCUCUGCCUUGCCGUUUCAUCCCCAGGCUAGUCCCACCAGCCCUGGUUACAGCAGUGAGCAGGGUGGCCUCAAGACCAGCUCAGGCGAAUACGAGAAUAAACUGAGGAGGAGCAUGCCCAACCUGGUGAGAGCUCCCAGCAUGCCAAACGUGCCAAGUCCAGCCAAACAUGCGGGUUCCCCUACGUCCAUCCGAAACAGUCUGAGUUUCGACUCGUCCAGUGGACUGGCUCGACUGCAAUCCUCCAUCCCGUCUCCAGGUCAGCUUCAGAAUCGAGUCCAAAGUGUUGGAAACUUCCCGGUGUCGACAAGGCAACCUCUCAAAGCCACUGCUUACGUAAGCCCGACUGUAAAGGGUCCCGCUACCAUGACGACGUCGACCAGUUUACAGUCGCUUUCCAGCAGUGGGAUCCCUCUUCCCAGUAAACCCAGUGGUACACAGACUCCUGGUCGAAGCAGCCUGCCACGUCCCGCCUCCUUCAUAGGGACAGGCUCCACCCCUCGGAGCAAACUGGCCCAACCAAUGCGCAGUAUGCUUACAUCCCCAAAGAGCUUAGCAACGCUUAGCACGCUACGCGACGGGAGCUGGAAAGAUGGUUGUUACUAA